ACUGCGGUCCCUGCGGCCGAGCCGCCGCCCGGGAGCGGCCUCUGCCCCGCGCCGGGGCGGCUGAGCGGAGACUGCCCAGGGCGGCCCCGUCCGCGCAGAGCUUCGCCGGGAGGCUAGAGGCAGAGCCCGGCGGCGGCGCAGAAAGUUUUUUCUCUGAAGAAAUGGCCUCCAGCACUGGAAAUGAAAAGGGCGUGAAUCCUGUGCUCAGAAUAAGUCAACUUGAUGCUCUUGAACUAAACAAAGCCCUGGAACAUCUCGUGUGGUCCCAGUUUACCAACUGUUUUCAUGGAUUUAAACCAGGGGUGUUGGCUCACUUUGAACCAGAAGUAAAAGCAUUUUUAUGUCUUAUAUUAUGGAGAUUCACUAUCUAUUCCAAGAAUGCAACUGUGGGACAGAGUAUUCUGAAUAUUCAGUACAAGAAUAACUUAUCUCAGACAGAGAAAUACCAACCUCUGAGCAAACAACAAAAGUUAUGGUAUCUUAUUUUCACUGUUGGUGGAAGAUGGUUGGAAGAAAGAUGUUAUGAUUUAUUUAGCAAUCGUCAACAACAAUCUUUCUCCAAAAUUAAGAGCUAUAUUAGCUUUGGAGCUGGACUUCUAAAACUUUGUGGAGUUCUAAAUUUUCUGAUUUUUCUUCGGAAGGGAACAUUUGCAACACUUACAGAACGCAUUCUAGGCAUUAGGUCAGUUUUUUGCAAGCCGCAAAGUGUUCGUCAGGUAGGAUUUGAAUACAUGAAUAGGGAGCUCUUAUGGCAUGGCUUUGCUGAAUUUCUGAUUUAUCUACUGCCACUUAUUAAUGUACAGAAACUGAAACUUAAAAUUUCUUCUUGGUGUUUGCCUAUUGCAGGUCUUUCCAAUAGUGAAAACACAUUAGCAAGCCACUGCAGGGAAUGUUCACUGUGUGGGGAAUGGCCUACCAUGCCUCAUACCAUAGGCUGUCCACAUGUUUUUUGUUACUACUGUAUUAAAAGUAACUACUUAUUUGAUAUGUAUUUUACGUGUCCUAAAUGUGGCUCAGAGGUACACACUCUUCAACCACUGAAGUAUAAAAUGGAAAUGACAGAGUUGCAUGUCUGAUAUGCGGUUGAUUUUGUUUUAUACAAUACAUGAAAUAUAUUGAAGAGAUUAAUGGAAGAAUUCAGAGGCUAUUGGAAGCUUAAAGAUGGUUUUGGAGACUCUGUAAUUUGUCGUAACAUAUAUUUUUCCUGCUCUUAGGUCUUUUAUUGAGUAACAGUUCUGUGAUGCCCCGUCUGCUUGGCGGGUUUAGGGGAAGGUGGUUGGAUUUACUCCAGGCGGUGCAUGGGAGAAACAACAAAAUUCUCAGGAGGUUCAAUAACAACUUUUGCUUGCAAACUGUAGAACAUUCUGACUGAAUAAGGUACUUGACAGACUUAAACUUGAUAAUCUUUAACUCAUCCAGACACAACAAGGCACUUUAAUAAGGCAUCGACUGGAACCUUUUGGUCUGGCUUACAAUAUAUUUUGAGGAGAAGAAGGUAGGAGAAGAGAGAGGAAGGUAGGUUAUCACCACCCUAGGAUGCAGUGUAGUCUCAGCAACUUUUAAAUCCAGAAGUCCUGCUGUUGAGUCACGAGGUGCAGAAAGUAUCCAACCUUAGCUUCGGAUUUUGUGAGCAGUUUAAAUUGAAGGAAUUAUAGAGGUGUGAUGGAACCACUUUUGUCCUGCCGGUUUUAAUGAUGGCAAACCAAGAAUGUUUAUAUAAAAUGAAUCAUUUAUUAUUACAAAUGAUCAGACAAAGAUCUUAACCAGAAUUAUUUACUAUACAAUAUAAAUGCUAAAACUACUAGUAGUAUAGUAUAAGAUAGGACAGCGCUCUGUAUUGAAGCCAUUCUUGAAGCAAUUAUAUUACGGGUAGCAAAAAGAAAUAAUUAUAAAGUAGAGAUUUAAUGUAACUCAGCCAUACCAACGCUGGUGGGGAGAUCUCUUUUGCUCAACUUGGAGGAAUAUCCUUGGGGGGCAUCCCCAGCCCGAGGGAGGAAUCUCUGCACAUACACUCAAGAAGAGUUAUGUUAGAAGAACCUGACUCUAAGAAAGGGGACUGGACUUUUAUAGUAUAAAAGUGAUUGACUGCUAGUCGCAAAUUUGCAGGCCAGCUACCAGCUUAUCUGUCACAUCCAACUUUAAAAAGCAGGAUUUGUGUUUGGAAUAUGGUGAACCAGGCUGGUUUUAGCAUAAUUCAACACCAAAAACAUUACCAUGGCACCACUGGUAACUCAUCACAGAUAGCUUGCAUUGUUUGCAUUCUCUGAUCAGAUUCUGGGCCUUAUCAGGGUAGGCCCUACUGCCACAUGCAUGUGUCACCAUCCUUUUAUCUGUUCUGGUCUGCUGGGGCCCUUCCCCAGGUGAGUUGAUGCUGAUUUCAGAACUGAAGUCUCGUGGGUGUGUUUGCACAGCCCCAGAGUUGUUCCUGGUGGGUCCAUGCGGUCGACUGCCCCUGUUACCAUGUGGAUGGGUGGCUGACUUCCUAAAGUCACUGUGCACCGCAGUGUGAGAAGACUCAAGGGGGAGCAGUGCACAACCCUCCUACUCAGAGCUCUCCUUCUUCCCCCACUGCUUCCCACCUGGUUGUUUUGACCCAGUCAGCCAUUCCUCUGGUGUCCUACAAGUGCCAGCUUGGCUCUGAAGCAAAGAAAACAAGUUUAACAGCUCUACUACUCUCUCUCAGACUACUUGAUCCCAGUUUAGUACCCCUGUGUUGUCAAAUCCUUUUUUUUUAGAUCUAGGUUAUCAGCCUGCCACUUCUUCACUGCAUAUUAUAUCCUUCCCUCAAAGACAGAGAGGACACCCAGUAAGCUGUUACCCAUUUUGUGUAUUUUCUCAAGCUUGUUGUAAAAGUUUGUGCCAUUACUAACUUAGCUAGUAGAUGGAUUAGUGGAACAGUCAUUCUUUUUGUGCCUAAAGAAUAAUUUUAAAUUUGUUUAUUUAUUAUUCCCAGUGUGGUGUUUCACUAAAAAAAAGGAGAAGAUGUAAGAUGAAUUGUCAUUUCAGCAGAUUUUGAGUUUUCAUCAUGUUCAACUACCAUGACAGGAUACAAUACUAACUCAAAAUUGUUUUCUUGUUAAUAGACCAUAUACUUUGUGAUACAGCUGGUAGAUAGGUAAAUACCCCAUAGUUAACAUGUGCCUACAGGAGAUAUAACCAACUCUGGUGCAAAUACGGUGCACCUUCAUGAGUUGACUGAACUAGUUUCCUCAGGCAGCUGUGUCUCUGAUCUUCAGUGACAUAUAUAUGACCUUCCACUUCCCUACAAAGUUGAGGGAUGAAGUCCAUCAUUCACUGGAAUGUAGCAGCUGCCAAGGGUAACUUGCACUCUUCUGAGUCUGAGACACUGGAGAAAACUGUUUACUCACAAGAUGCUGUCUGUGGGAAUUGACACUCUUCUUUUUUUUGAUGUGAUCAAGGUGGAUGCCAAAUCUCACUAACAGUUCACCUCCACACAGAAAAAAAGUUCAAACACAGUUUAUGUGCAUGUUAAUGCAUUAAAAUAGGUAGCUUUCCUGCUCUUUGCUUUCACUAUUUGGUUUCUUAUUUGGCUUUGCAAUGGUGUUACUGUUCUAAUACUUUAUCCUUUUAUUCUUCAACCUGGUUUUAUAAGAUUAUUUUUUGUAGUUCUUUUUUAACAGGAAGUCUUACCCAGAAGAGUCUCAUUAACACAAAAAUACAUUUCAUCCUCUUUUGACUCUUACAUUUUCAAAAACUUAUACAGAUGAUUUGAGUAAAUAACUUUAUGGUGGCUGUGUUCUUGAUUGGCUAUCAUCAGUAGUCAGUCCCAAAAAUACUAUGGCAACGACUGAUCCAGUAUCUUUGAUCUACUUUUAUGAAAUGAGUUAUUACAUUCUACAUUCUACGUUCUGAUUAAAACAACCCACCAGCCUAUUUGUUUGAAGAUCUUAAAUUCUAGGUUUUGAUCUUUAGAGUGACACACUUCGCUUUCAUCUGAUGCAAUUAAAUAUAGUUUGCGAGUUUGUAACUAUCUUUGGGCAUCCCAAAACUUCAUUAAUUCUGCUACUGUUCUGUGAGUCAACAGAGACUUCAGAGCAAUUGCUUCCACAUAGUGUGUCGCAAUGUUAUUAGCCGUCAAAUGUGUAUAUUAGCAGCCUGCCAUAUUUCUGUUAUUUGCUGUUGCAAUUGGAAACAGCAGGAGCAAAUCUGUCUCCAGUAGAAGAAUCAAAACUGGCAAGACAGUUGGAGAGUAUCCUGGAUUCACUUCCUGAUCCUGAAGACAUUUUGUGUGAAUUGUCCCUCCACAUCACUUAAUACCUUUUCCCGAAGAAAUGUAUUAGCAAUCAUGACUUCGAGGUGGUCUAGUGUCUCCAGAAAGUAUCAUCCGCAUUUCUGCUACCUCUGUCUUUAAUAAUCCUUAAUUAAGAUCUUUUUGCAUCCAAAAUCCAGUGUUUGUAGCUUAGAAUCAUAGUAGACCUUUGUUUGCUGUGAACUCUCUUUAUUCUGAAAUUGAAGUCACAGUGCAAUAUUUUGUCAAAGGAGCAUUGAUUCUCUAUAGUGGCCUCUAUUAGGUGUCAUGUCCUUCUUAGAUAGGAGUUAGCUUCUUUCCUAUUUAGAAAUGUUUAAUUUUUCAGAAUAUUUAAAGAAUGUUAUCUUCCUUUUUCAUUUCACCUUUCUCUGUCCUGCUGUUUGAUUUUCCUAAUCUGUAUGAAUUUCUUGAGGUUUGUUUUGUCUCUUGCAGCUUCAUGCAAGUACACUGUCAGUACAAAACCUGUUUCCAGCAGUUCAGUACCUCUGUUGUACAGCUAUUUUUUGCCAGCUGUGCUGUGUUGCAUUUGACUUCACUGUUUUUCUUCUGGAAGUGAACUUUUGAUACUUAACUUCUGAUGACUUAUUAUACCAGAGCAUUGGCCUGCUAAUGUAGCACCUCCUCAUCACUGUGUUGGCUUUGUAGCCCAUAGAAUUGACCAGGUUUGUAAAGUCUGUUUCUUGUGUCAUAACCAAACAGUUUCUUACCAUAAGAUCCUAGAUCUUAAGGUGGGGGUUUAGUUCUUUUAUUUCCCAUGCAGGUAAGCAGAUACCAGGCAUCUCACAGUAGUAGGUUUGGGAAGAGAGUGGUUCUUUUAGUCAGAUAAAGAAUUAUUUAAUUUUUUUUAAUCUACCAUAUGGUGAAACCUUUGCUCAGUUUAGUCACAGCUGAGAUUGACGAGACCAAGGUUCCAAUUUACAUAUUGAAAAACUACUUGCAGCAAGUUAGCUUUUUAGGACUUCAAUAUUCAGCAUCUUCCUUAUAGCCCUUGAAAAUUAAAUAUAUACCUUUUUUUAUAUUGUAAUUCUGUUUUGUUGUGUCUUGUGAUAUAUAAGCUGCAGAAAAGGCUUACUUGAAGAUAUUACAGGAAAAAAAAUCAGAUAAUUUUUAGACUAAUCAAGGGAUAAUUAGUUUUAUAUACUACUAUAUCUGGCAAUGCUUCCUGCAGUAGAGGGAAUAAAAUUUAUUUUGGAAUGUUAAUCUCUAAACAAAAGGGUUUUAGUGUUCAGCUACCAUGAGAAUGUACUUCUGAGUAGUCAUUGGUGAAAAGGAUAAAUGCCUAGAAUUUAAGGAAGCUAAAGGACCAGAACUUUUAUUCAGUCUUGGAUAGGAGUUACAGCCUUGUAUUACCAGUUUUCUUUGUGCUCUGUUGUUCAUCUUUGUGUGCUGCAUGAAUAUUUUAAUUGUAUCAAAAAUCAGAAAAUAAAGUGGUAACUGAAACAUCGAUUAUAUUAUAAAUAUACUUGAAAACUUUUCUUCAUUUGAAUGAGAAUUACCAGUUGCCACAGUGUGAUUCAGGACACAUUCAGCUGGAAGCAGUCAGAGAAUGCUGAUUCCUUGCUUCCACAAGCUACCACCACUCCUUAUACUCUAUACGCUUUAAGUAAUAUUUAAGUAAUGUUAUACAAGACUUAAAAGCAGUAUUUUCUGUAAAAAUAUUCUGUAAAAAAAUGAGAACGAUAGCAUCUGAUUUCUGCAUUACCUGGAAAUAUUUAAUUUUUCCAUAAAUGAUGGGCAAAGAUGAUCUCAAUGAAGAGAAGAUGUGAAGAAACAUAAGAGAUAUAUAUUUCCUAAAAAUCUAAUGAAUGUCCUUAUUUGAGAAUACUACUACAAUUGUUAUCUGGGAUGUAGCAUUCAUAUGAAAUCCAAGUUGACAAAUAAAUUAUACUUUUUUAACAGGA